UACCCAUGGAAGCAACAAUUUUAUUAGUCGUGGGACUUUUUAUAUAAUAAACUCACCUUCCCUUUUAGUCCGUCCACCAUAGAGUUCUCUAGGUAUGUGCAAUUGCUCUUCUUCCUUGUGCCUUUCUCUUCCCGUACUCAAUGCUCGACUGGUGGUGAAACCCAAUUCAGAGAAUUGUAGAUGGAGGCUAAAAAGGAUUCAGCAUUCGAUCCUCAAUUGCUCAAGGAGAAGUCACGACGUCUCAGUCCACAAAAUUGAUACUUUAUUAUCCUCAUCAGAAAGAGGAGCUCGGUGUUGUUUUGAUUCGAAAAAGUCUGCCUUUCUCGGGGAAUUCAGCUUUAGAGAGAAAUCGAGUGACGGUUUCGUCUCUUGUCUGCGUUCGUCGUCACUACCUAAUGAAGAAGAUGCAGUGCAUCAAAUUGUGGAAAGUGAUAAUGUAGAAUUAAAUGGAGAGAGUGAUUUGAUUCGACUGGUUGGUGCAAACGAAUUGACUAUUACUGGAUCGAGAGGAUUCAAACAGACGUCGACGAGAUCGAAUCUUGUUGCUAAGCAAGUCAUUAGUAUUCAGUCAGCUCUGAGCUUAGGAUUUAUCUCUCAGCUCUGGGUUGACACUACUUCUUGGUUGGUUUUGGUGGUUGAUAUUAAACCAAGCUUGCUAUCUGGAGAGUCUGAGAGAUUCCUGCUUAAAGACAUUACCAGGGUGGGUGAUGUUGUGCUUGUAAACGAUGAGACUGUAUUGGAUACUGAAUUCAAGAUGGUUGGCCUUGAAACACUGGUAGGUUACAGAGUAGUGACACCAGGAGGCCGAAACAUUGGAAAGGUUCGAGGUUACUCGUUCAACAUUAACUCAGGAAUAGUUGAAUCACUUGAGCUCGAUUCCUUCGGGGUAACCAUCAUUCCAUCAAGCCUGGUGAGUACAUACAGAUUAGAUAUCGAGGACAUAAUCGAGGUCUUACAAGACAUAGUUGUGGUUCACGAAGCUGCAGCUUCUAAAAAACAGAGGUUGACUAAGGGACUCUGGGAUGCUCAGUUUGAUAGUGAAUACUCUGAUGUUGAAGAGCUUCAAAGUUCAUCUGAUAGAACACGGCGAAGGAGAAACAAUAGAUCCAAUCGAAAGAAGAGAGAUUUGGACGAUGAAGAUUGGGAUAUAUUCCGCUAGAAGUCUUUCAUCCAUUGUUUGCCCAUCACCUUGACAUACAUCUGUAUUUUAUAGAGGAAAGGAAUAGACUUAUUAAAACAUGACUUUCACAAUACUAAACAGGUCAUGUUCACAAAUUCACAAUGCUAUACAGGUCUAGUGACUUGUUUCGCUGUAUCUGAUAAAGAACAUAUAUUACUAUGUUUCUUGUUUUGCAGUUGAA